CGGUCUUGUCACGUGACCUCAUCGGAAGUUGCCUGUGCUGCUCGCGAGUGGACGCUUGUUGUAAACAUGCGGUAACCGGAGAGGAACCCUUCAAUGAACCACAGAGGGCCAAAACAAGCCCGUUGAACAGACUCGGGUCCCGUUGUGCUGUGAAUUAAACUGGCAUUUUAAUGCCGACAGCCUCUGCGCGUGAUUUUAAACCGCUGACAUGGCCGAGGUGGACGCGAAUAAAGUCAAUCAUAUUUCCUCCGAAGAGGAUAGGCUACUGUUUCCGGUGACAGGCUAUGAUUUGAAUGACUGCAGGGAUGAGUAUAGCAACCCCAGGCCGUCCCCGGUAACAGGUGGCUGGAUAGGUGCUGACCAAGAAGAGGAAGCAGUGCGCAGGAAGUUAAAAUAUUUCUUCAUGAGUCCCUGUGAAAAGUACCAAGCCAAAGGCCGAAAACCUUUUAAACUGGUAUUGCAAAUACUGAAGAUACUUAUAGUAACUGUACAGCUGGUACUUUUUGGCUUAAGCAAUGAAAUGGUGGUGACGUUUAAAGAGGAAAACACAGCUUCAUUUAAACACCUUUUUCUCAAAGACUACGAUGAUUCAAAUGAUGCGCUUGCUGUUUACACACAGAGUGAUGUUUAUGACCACAUGUUUCACACAAUAGAACAGUACCUGGCUUUGCCGGAGACGACAGUGGGCCGUUAUGCGUAUGUGUACAAUGUCGGUGUGAACGGAAGUGCGCUGUCUCUGUGUCAGCAGUAUUAUAAAAAAGGCAGGAUCGACCCAGCUAACGACACCUUCAACAUCGAUCCGCAUGUGGUCACAGACUGUAUUGGAGUGAACCCUUUGUCCACUCCCACAGCAGGUCUGGGCCGUGAUUACAGGAACUUCACCCUCAAGUUUCACAAGCUCAUUAAUGUCACCAUACAGUUCCAGCUGAAGGCUAUAAAUCUUCAGACCAUCAUCUACAAUGAAAUUCCUGACUGUUACACGUUCUUUAUCAUGAUUCUGCUGGAUAACAAAGCUCACAGUGGUAAAGUUAAGAUCAGUCUUGAUAAUCAGGCCUCCAUUAAGGAAUGUAGAGACCCCAGUGUGUCUGGACACGCUGAUAGUUAUGCUCGUGUGUGGUUUGAUGUGGCCGUUAUAGUGGUUUGUAUUUUCUCUCUGCUCCUCUGUGGUCGCUCGAUCAUCAGAGGAAUCAUUCUUCAAAAUGAGUUUGUGAAGUACUUUAAGAGCUCUCUGAAGCGUCAUGUCUGUUGGGGAGACAGAAUGGAGUUUAUUAACGGAUGGUAUAUUCUGCUCAUCAUUAGCGACGUGCUCACUAUCACAGGCUCCAUUAUUAAGAUCGGCAUUGAGCUAAAGAACCUCUCAUCCUACGAUGAGUGCGGGAUCCUCAUGGGCACCUCGACGUUAUUGGUUUGGGUUGGAGUUAUUCGCUACCUCACCUUUUUUCAGAAGUACAAUAUUCUCAUUGUCACUUUAAGAGCUGCAUUCCCUAAUGUGAUCCGUUUCUGUUGCUGUGUGGCGGUGAUCUACCUCGGUUAUUGCUUCUGUGGGUGGAUUGUGCUGGGACCCUACCAUGUUAAGUUCCGCUCUCUCUCGCUGGUGUCUGAGUGUCUUUUCUCUCUGAUCAAUGGAGAUGACAUGUUUGUGACCUUCAGUGGCAUGCAAGAGAGCAGCAUGCUCGUCUGGGUCUUCAGUCAGGUUUACCUCUACACGUUCAUCUCUCUGUUCAUUUACAUGGUGCUCUCUCUCUUUAUCGCUCUUAUCACUGGAGCUUAUGAGACCAUCAAGCAUCAAACUCAGGAGCCUAUCCAUAUCACUGAUCUGCAUGCGUUCAUCGCGGAGUGCACCGACACACCCAGCUCUGGAAAGUUCCGCGGCAUCGAGACCUCGCCGUGCUCUUUCUUCUGCUGCUGUGACAGAACCACCACAUAUGAGGACGUCCUCCUGGUCAACUAGUAAAGUCAUGGGACUUGAUGCCUGAAGACUAAACCUCCCUCUGUUGGUCACACUGUGGUACUGCAACAGGAAGGAAGCCAGUGGCAAUGAGAGGAAACCUCCAGACAAAAUACCUAAGAAGUCACAGUCGCUUCACUUCGGACCUUAUGUGGACAAGAGCACAUAUAAUUUUUACAAAAGAAUCGCUCCAGUCUGGGAUCAUUUAAGUUUUACCUCAACUUGUUCAUAGUUUUAACUUAAUUCUGGAGGUUGCUAAAGGCAGCCCAGUACUGCCUCUUAAUCUAUACGGAUAAAAACACUCAGACAUUUUGAAUUGGGAGAAUAUUAGACAGAUAACAAACUGCACACGUGCAGGCGAUGUGUACAGUAAUCAUUCCCUGAAUGUUGAUCCCACAUGUUCAUUCAGUGCACGUGCUGUGGUGUGCAAGUGGGUCAUCAGUGGCCUAUACUGGGAGACAGUGGUCAGUGAUUCAUAACUAUUGCUGUUUGUUCUGUUGGAUCGUUUUUAUGUUUUUUGAGUAACGUCUAGUCAUGUGUAAUGUCUGCAUCCGAAGGAGACUGAACUGGCAGGCCUAAGCGAAAGAUGAGGAGACCAUGUGAUUAAACAUCUUUUAAAAAACUGGCUCUUAUUCAGCAUUUAGAGCAGAAACAGCACUCCCUGGUGUCAUAAUAUCAUCUCCACUUACCCAUAACAAAAAUACAUGCUCUGCUAGCAUCAAUUCACACCCAGAAUGCCUCAGAAACGUAGCCUUAAUUUUUUUCUGGUGUGUAGAGCUGGCUGUAAUUUGGAAUGUAAUACCUUAUUGUUGAAUAGUAUGACUUUGAGUUGCUUUUCUGUAUUUUUUUAUGAGCUUUUUACCGGUAAUUCCAUACUGUUUCAAUUUGUUUUAUACAAAAAUGGAAUCAAAUGCAUUCUGUAACGUGAAAUCUUAUUGUAUAAAUGAUAUUAGACAGCCUUAACCUUGAUGAUUUAGUAUUUUAUAGAGAAAUACAGACUUUUACGGCCACCCUUCAUCAGCUUUGUUUUAAAACAGAGGCCUUCAAGAAAGCUAUUAUUAUAAGAUUACUGCUGAGGUCAUA